AUGGCGGUUAGUUCUCUUGUAACCUUCCCGAACAUCAAGCCAGAAGACAUGGAUGCCGAGGCACAAUCAAGCAGUUUGCGCCCGAUUAACAUUUUUUCUAUUGCUUCUGGACACCUGUAUGAACGUUUUUUGAAAAUCAUGAUCUUGAGUGUCCUCAAGAAUACACAGCGCCCUGUAAAAUUCUGGUUCAUAAAGAAUUAUCUCUCCCCACAAUUUAAGGAUGUGAUCCCACAUAUGGCUCAUGAGUAUGGUUUUGAUUAUGCAUUAAUCACCUACAAGUGGCCUACAUGGCUACAUAAGCAGAAGGAAAAGCAAAGGAUUAUAUGGGCAUAUAAAAUUUUGUUCCUAGAUGUUAUCUUUCCCGUUUCUCUAGAGAAGGUUAUAUUUGUUGAUGCAGAUCAGGUGGUGCGAGCAGACAUGGGAGAACUUUAUGACAUGGAUCUGAAAGGAAGACCGCUUGCAUAUACUCCUUUUGUGACAACAAGAAGGAGAUGGAUGGAUAUCGCUUUUGGAGACAAUGCACUGUACGUUGUUGAUUUGGAGAAAUUUCGAGAGACUGCGGCAGGAGAUAACCUGAGAGUGUUCUAUGAAUCUCUCAGCAAGGAUCCAAACAGUCUGUCCAAUCUUGAUCAGGACCUCCCGAAUUAUGCUCAGCACACCGUGCCUAUCUUCUCAUUACCCCAAGAAUGGUCGUGGUGUGAGUCGUGGUGUGGUACAGCCACUAAAUCCAAGGCAAAGACCAUUGAUCUUUGCAACAAUCCUAUGACGAAGGAACCAAGCUUCAGGGUGCGAAGAGAAUAGUUUCUGAAUGGCCUGAUCUUGACUUAGAGGCAAGAACGUUUACUGCGAAAAUUCUCAGAGAUGAAUCUGAGCUUCAAGAAGCAGUGGCUUCAGAUAAGUCGCAGGGUUCACAGGGUGAUGAGUCAUCGGUAGAGGAACUUGACCUUGAAUCCAAGUCAGAGCUGUAAGGCAUGGUUUCAUUCAGCCAUGACAUGAUUGAUCCCAAGUGUAAUCCUGAUCGAGGAUGGAAGGGUAACUAUCAGCAAAGAACGUUUUGGAAUUGCAUCAACUAAGGAAAACCAAGUGGUUAUGGUGUGCGUAUGCUGUCGAGAUUGGGGAUGGAGAUGCACACCAUCAAGAAAAUGAGGUCAUGGGGAGGCUGUGAGAAAGGCAAGGUAGCGCCGGUAGAGAUUUAAAAUUUUCUCGAGAAUUUUAGAGAGAAGCGAGCUAUUCAUUUUGCUUAGUUUUUGUUAAUCGACCAGGUAAUCUUAUUUUAACUGGGCUAUUUGCAAAUGCGUGAAAUGACACGCUUGAUUGUGGAAUUUCUUCCUCGAUGAUAAAACCACGGGUGAAAAGCCAACGUUCCGAUUUUGUUAGAAUGCCCUAGUACACACACUUGGUUAUGUAGUCAAACAGGGAAAAGCUGUAAAUUUUUUUGAUGGAUGAACUUUUUAUCGUGAUGCUUU